UGUAAGAUGUAUAUGUGAAGAGUUUGUGUUUGUGUGAGAAAAUAAUUUUAUAUUCAAACUGUUAAAGUGUUUUAAUUGUUGGAAAUCAAAACGAGAAGGUUGAGGGUGGAAGGAAUUGGUGAUAAGGUAGGGAUGAUGGUGGUGAUCUUGGGACGUUGAUGAUAGUAUCCUAGGUGUAGGGUUUUGGGGGAAGGGGAAGAAGGAGGCUGGGAGAAGAAAGAGGAAAGAGGAGCAGGUGAAAGAGGGGAUUGGACGGAGCGAGAUUCCAGCCGACGGAGGAGGAGGGGGCUGGGUGAAAUCGCCGGCAACGGGGAGAAGGGGAAAGAACUGGGCGAGAUUCCAGCUUUAUUUUUCGUUGUUUUUUAUUUUUUUGGAACGAUCGUUAUUUUUUCUUGCUGUUGUUGUCUCUAACGAAAACGACGUCGUUUCGUGAGAAAAGAUCCCAGCCAUUCACCACUUUUGUGUGACAGAUGUCACGCCCUAAAUUUUUCACUGCACCAAAUCACUCUAGAGGAUCUUAACGCUUUAAGCGUGAAUGCGUUCAUUCUCAAAGGCCCUUUCGCUCCUCUCUCGCUCUUUCCUCUUCCGCUAUUUCCAGUGUCGUACGAGUUGCAUUGCUUGGGUGGAAAUGCAUCCUCCUUUGACGCUACACAGGCACCCGAUGUGUGCCGAAAUUAUCGAGCAAUUCCAAAAGUGUCAUCUAGAUCAUCCUAUUGGAAAAUUCUUUGGCGAAUGUACUGAUCUCAAAAUAAAGCUUGAUCACUGUUUCCGACAGGAAAAAGCGUUGAAGCGAAAGGCGAAUUUCGAAGAGAGUAAGAAACUGAAAGAGAGGCUACAAGCUCACAGAAAGGAAAUAAUGAGAGAAGAUCUGAAGUGAGAUGAUUUAUGAAAUUUUGAUUGUUUUGAAGUUAUUGUGGAGGCUUUUAUAGUGUGAUAGCGAAUACCUCAGAAGAUGACCCAUGUCAUGGUGCAUUGUGAUAGCAAAUUCAUCUGUUAAUAAAUUUAAGAGACAUUAAUUUUAUAGUGUAAGAAUUAUUUAUUCACCAAGAAGAUUUGUAAUAAUGCAAAGGAAGCCAAUGGAAGUUCUGAUAUUUGAGAAUUUGUUGGGGACGAAAAAGGAAAUAACAAAAGAUGUUGAAAAUUUUCUGAUUAA